UCUCUGCCGCCAGGGAGCGCUGGACGUCGACCAGUCGUCUGCAGGAAAGAUGGCGGUGCGGAAGAAAGACGGCGGCCCGAAUGUAAAAUAUUUCGAAGCGUCUGAUACCGUUUCACAAUUUGAUAAUGUCCGCGUGUGGUUGGGGAAGAAUUACAAAAAGUACAUCCAAGCGGAACCCCCGACCAACAAGUCCCUGUCCAGCCUGGUGGUGCAGCUGCUGCAGUUCCAGGAGGAGGUCUUCGGGAAACAUGUCAGCAACCCGCCGCUCACUAAGCUACCGAUGAAGUGUUUUGUGGACUUUAAAUCUGGAGGGUCUCUCUGUCACAUCCUGGCUGCUGCUUACAAGUUUAAGAGUGACCAGGGAUGGCGCAGGUUUGACUUCCAGAACCCCUCGAGGAUGGACAGAAAUGUGGAGAUGUUCAUGACCAUCGAGAAGUCCCUGGUGCAGAACAACUGUCUGAGCAGACCCGUCAUCUACAUGAGCUCCGACAUCGAGCCCAAGCUGUUGGGGAAGCUGAAGGACAUCAUCAAGAGACACCAGGGCUCAGUGACUGAAGACAAGUCCGCCUGCUCCCACCUGGUGGUCCCUAUUCCCACCAGCCUGGAGGAGGAGGAGUGGGUGCGUCCGGUGAUGAAGAGAGACAAGCAGGUGCUCCUCCACUGGGGCUAUUUUCCAGACAGUUACGACACCUGGAUCUCUGCCAGCGAGGUGGAGGCGGCUGUGGAGGAUCCUCCGACUCCAGAGAAGCCCAAAAAGGUGCACGCCAGGUGGAUCCUGGACCUGGACCAGUACAACGAGUGGAUGAACGAGGAGGACUACGAGGUGGGGGAGGCGGGACCCCGGAGGAAACGCAUCUCGGCCAAGACCCUGACGGACGAGGUGACCACGCCCGACGAGAGGCGGGACAAGAAGCCGGCCGGCGCCAAGAAGAGGAAACGAUCGCCGUCGCCAUCGCCGACGCCCCCGCCCCCGGAGAGCAAGAAGAAGAACACCAAGAAGGGGCCCACCACCCCCUACACCAAGUCUAAGCGCGGUCAGCGGGAGGAGGAGCAGGAGGACCUCACCAAGGACCUGGACGAGGCCUCGCCCGCCCCCGCCACCGAGGAGGGGACCCCCGCCAAGACCAACAGUGCUAAGAAAGACUCGGACUCCACCCCGGUGAAGGGAGGCACAGAGAACGACGAACAGGAAGACGAGUCGAUGGAGACGACGGGAAAGGAGGAGGCCGAGGGGUCCCCCAGUGUGAAAGGGGAGCCGGUGAAGGCGUCGGACCUCCACGAGGACAACGUGACGGAGCAGACCCACCACAUCAUCAUCCCCAGCUACGCCGCGUGGUUCGACUACAACAGCGUGCACGCCAUCGAACGCAGAGCCCUGCCCGAGUUCUUCAACGGCAAGAACAAAUCCAAAACGCCCGAGAUUUACCUGGCCUACCGGAACUUCAUGAUCGACACGUACCGGCUGAACCCCCAGGAGUACCUCACCUCCACUGCCUGCCGGCGCAACCUGGCCGGGGACGUCUGCGCCAUCAUGAGGGUGCACGCCUUCCUGGAGCAGUGGGGGCUCAUCAACUACCAGGUGGACUCUGAGAGCCGGCCCACCCCCAUGGGACCCCCGCCCACCUCCCACUUCCACGUCCUGGCAGACACCCCGUCCAGCCUGGUGCCCCUGCAGCCCAAAGCCUCCCAGCCCCCCGCCGCCCAGCAGAUGCUGUCCUUCCCAGAUAAGGUGAAGGAGAAGCCGGCUGACCUGCAGAACUUCGGCCUACGAACGGACAUGUACAGCAAGAAGAGCAGCGCCGUGAAGAGCAAGACCUCCGCCAGCUCCAUGAGGGACUGGACCGAACAGGAGACCCUCCUUCUGCUAGAGGGUCUGGAGAUGUACAAGGACGACUGGAACAAGGUGUCGGAGCACGUGGGCAGCCGCACGCAGGACGAGUGCAUCCUGCACUUCCUGCGGCUGCCCAUCGAGGACCCCUACCUGGAGGAGAGCUCGUCCACCCUGGGCCCGCUGGCCUACCAGCCCGUCCCCUUCAGCCAGGCGGGGAACCCCGUCAUGAGCACCGUGGCCUUCCUGGCCUCCGUGGUGGACCCCCGCGUCGCCUCCGCCGCCGCCAAGUCCGCCCUGGAGGAGUUCUCCCGCAUGAAGGAGGAGGUCCCGGCGGCGCUGGUGGAGGCCCACGUGCGGCGGGUGGAGGAGGCGGCCCGGGCCAGCGGCCGGCAGGACCCCCUGUACGGCCUGGAGGGGAGCGGCAUCGCCGGGACCGGCCUGGAGGAGGGGGAGAAGCCAGAUGAAAGCAGCGAGGAAAGCAAAGCUGAGAGCCAAUCCAGCGAGGAGAAGAGAGACGCCAAGGAGAACAAGGAGGGCGCGCCCCAGGAGGAGGAGAAGCAGGGAGAGAACGGGAGGAAGGAGGAGGAGAAGGGGAGGGACGGCGACGGAGAGAGGGACGCCGAGAAGGCCGACUCUGACAUGGGCGACGGAGACAAGGAGAAGGAGGGGAAGGAGGUGACGGAGGAGGGGGCGAGGGAGGCCGAGAGCGAGGGGGAGAGGAAGGCCAAGGUGGAGCGGGACGUGGGGGAGGGGAACCUGGCCACGGCCGCCGCCUCCGCCCUCGCCGCCGCCGCCGUCAAGGCUAAGCACCUGGCGGCGGUGGAGGAGCGGAAGAUCAAGUCCCUGGUGGCGCUGCUGGUGGAGACCCAGAUGAAGAAGCUGGAGAUCAAGCUGAGGCACUUUGAGGAGCUGGAGACCAUCAUGGACCGCGAGCGAGAGGCGCUGGAGUACCAGCGGCAGCAGCUGCUGGCCGACCGCCAGUCCUUCCACAUGGAGCAGCUGAAGUACGCCGAGAUGAGGGCCCGCCAGCAGCACUUCCAGCAGAUCCAGCAGGCCGCCGCCGCCGCCGCCGGCGGGCCCCCCGGCCCCGCCGCCAGCGGCCAGCCCGCCCCGGGGACCCCCACGCCGGCCUCCGCCCCCAGCCCCGCCCCCCCCACCGCCUCCGUCCCGGUGGGGGAGAGCCAGCCCCCCGUGGGCCCCCAGGCCUCCCCCCCGGGGCCCCAGGGCCCGGCCGGCCCCGCCCAGUCCAACUCCAACCCCACUCCAGUCCCCCAUGAGCCAGCAACCCCCCUGGCCGGGGACACGGUGCCAACCCCUGCGCCAGUGCCCCCCCCGCAGGAGACGGAGGACUGGCGAGCCAAUGACUGACCACUCCAGCCUGCAUCGUCUCGUCAGCAAACCAAACUGACCAAGAAAAGUAAUUUAGACAUUUCCCAGCCUUUCUUUGACAGGACAAUUGAAGCGACGAAAGCUUUUGUUUUGCGGGCGCAUCCCUCCUACUUGAACUACCUGUUGAGAGCGAACCCCUUCGAUUGAGUAUUGACAUGAAGAUGCCAAUGAAGAACAUUUAUUUUUUUCUAGACAAACGGAAGAAAAAAAAAACAUGUCCCUGUAUGCACCAUAAGGAAAAGAAAAAACAUUCAAAACGCGGUCAACCAGGAAACCACACGAAAGAUCCUCCUUUUUUUUUUUUAAGUAUUUUAACCAGCUGUACGUUCAUGACCUUCAAGACUCCCCAGCCUGUGAAGUGGUGUUUCCCCGCUCUGUCCAGUACUCACCGUCCCAGUCGGUCAAUGAAGGGAAAAAAAUUGCACUUUUGAGAGUAUGUUUCCUCUGGCCUGUUAGAACAUGGCGCGUUAUUGGGGUCAUAACAUGAGCACUUAGUGUCCCCUCGUUGUCCGUUUUAUUCAUUUUCAGAGGUCGUUUUGAAAGCUAAUUUGGACAUUCAGUAUAACUAAUGAACCUGAGGGCCUCCUAGGGCUUCCUCAGCAUUGGCCUCUCAGCAAGGGCCCCUCCACAUGGGCCCCUCAGACGGGGCACCCAAGAAGGGGUCUCAGCAGGGGGCCCACAGGAGCGACACGAGGGAACAGUUUGGUCCUAUCAUUAGUUUGGAACCAUCGUAGUUUCUUGAAAGACAAAGUGCGAUAAAUUAGACUCUCUGUUACAAUACCGUUACAAUUUGUGCUCGGAAAACAAACAUCACGUCCUUAAGUUGGAUGGUGGAAAUGGAAAGUUGGAAAAUAUAUAUCGAUGACGUGAGAUAGACCUUUUUUUUUUUUAUUAUUGUGAUUUUAUUUUGGCGUCCUUUUGUAGCAAGGUCCGUCCUAGGUGUCUCCAUCUGCGGUGAGCAGUGUGAUGUUCCUUAUGUUCUGGUUCAGGAGGUCGGAGGAGUGACUAGCCACAGAGUUCACUUCUCUAAAUGGUCCAAAAAAAAAGAAUCAACAAAUCUAUUGACAUACUUUUUUUCAGGAUUUGGGUCAGUGGUUUGGUCGCUGAACCGAAAUCUUUUUUUAAUGAUGACUUUAAUCUCCAUUUCUCUGUGCAUCAUGUUGUAGUUUACAUGCUUGGGGAAACAAGUUGAUUUGAAGUGUGCGGAAUUUGGUGUUACAGACUGAAGGAAGGGUGACGCUGUGAACUGAGGGAUAUCGCACCUUAAACAGCUCGAUGGAGACCGCCGUCCGUACUAUGACAACAGAAUCCUCACUUUUUAUCCAAUUUUUAUAUUUUUAUUGUUGGUUUUCCAUUUCGUUUUUUUGAUGUCUACAUUACGAGCGUGUAUUAAUAUUAUCUUUGUAGCCUAUAUCUACUCUUUCCAGUAUCAUGUGUGUUGGACGUCUGCGCGUGUGUUUCUGAAUGCAUGCCCUGGAGAAUCCCUUAUCAAGUACUUUCAGUUUACUUCUCAGUGCAGACAUUUGUUUAUCGGUGGACAAAGGAUGAAGAAUAACUUGAAUGUUGUCCAAAACAAACAAACAUCACCCACACACAUACACACCUCCUCUGCAUACGACAUCAUUGACCUAUAAUCAGAUACCUAACAGCAUGUCCGCUAGCCAGUGUUAGAGAACUCGUCGGAGGCAUCGAUGGACUUCUUGUCUGUGUUAUUACUACAGUGUGUGCAUUUUGUGAUAUAAAAUAAGUGCGUGUCCGUUCA